AUGGCAUAUUUAACUCAUAAACAUAACUUUGUUAAUCAAGCAUGGCAACAUAGUGUACGUGUUUGUCUUCAAAAAAAGAUGCUGGCCUAUUUGCAGAGCGAUUCAAGUGCAACUUGUUCGGAAAUAAAAAAGCAGGGUUUCGAUUCACAUACCAGCUGUUAUCUUCAACCCGAUCCUAAUCAUUCGGAGCUUUCAUUUUGCCAUCUCCCAUCGCAAGAUAUUGGACAAAUCAUGUGGAUUGCCAAAGGAGUCAUAUUUGAACGAGCUAUGUGGUCCCAACUUGCUCAAUUAAUCAAACACUGUGCUAGUCAGAUUCUACAAGGCUAA